GCAUCUGUGAUAUAUUACACAAUAUACGCCUCUCAUUCCAUCUCUCUCUCUCUCGCGACCUAAAAAUCGCUGUCCUUCAGUCUCUGAACCCAUCACCAUCCCCAUGUCCUCUUCCCAGCUAUAACCCGUCACACCUUGAAUUACUCAUGAAGAUCAGUCAGAUCGCAUAAUCCACAUCAUUAGCCCCUUAAAUUCUUGCAUCGAAAAAUUCACGGUAACGAAUGAAGUUGCAUCUAUAAAUUUAUGUAUAAUGAAUGAAAGAUCUUUUGCGCUGAGUGAUCAUCAUCAUCAUCAUAUGGCAUUCCCUCCCCAUCAUGGUUUUAUGUUCCAUUCCCAUGAAGACAAUGACCACCAUCCCUCUCCUUCUUCUCUCAACUCUCUUCCCUCCUGCCCUCCUCAGCUUUUUCCCGGAAGUGGAGGGCAGUUCUUGAUGAAGAGAUCGAUGUCGUUUUCUGGAAUGGAAAAAUGUGAAGAAGUAGGGCAUGGAGAAGAUGACUUGUCUGAUGAUGGAUCACAGAUAGGGGAGAAAAAGAAGAGGCUCAACUUGGAGCAAGUUAAGGCACUUGAGAAAAGCUUUGAGUUAGGAAACAAGCUUGAACCUGAGAGGAAAAUGCAGUUGGCCAAGGCUUUGGGUUUGCAGCCAAGGCAGAUAGCUAUUUGGUUUCAAAACAGGAGGGCUAGAUGGAAGACUAAGCAGUUAGAGAAAGACUAUGAGGUCUUAAAGAAACAGUUUGAUGCACUGAAGGCUGAUAAUGAUGCCCUUCAAGCCCAGAACAAGAAACUUCAUGCAGAGCUACUGUCUCUAAAAAGUAGAGAACCAAAUGAAGUUAACCUCAAGAAAGAAACUGAGGCUUCUUGGAGCAAUGGAAGUGAAAACAGUUGUGAUGUCAACUUAGAUAUCUCAAGAAAUCCAGUAGCAUCAAGUCCUGUAUCAUCCCAACUAACCACUAAACAUCUCUUCUCCGCACCCAUCAGGCCUGCAACCAUCACUCAACUUCUCCAAGGUUCAUCAAGAUCAGACCUUCAAUGUUUGAAGGUUGAUCAGUUGAUUCAUCAAGAUGAAAACUUCUGCAGCAUGUUCAAUGGCAUGGAGGAGCAGCAAGGAUUUUGGCCAUGGCCUGAGCAACAGCAUGCUACAUUUUCAUUGAACCAAGCUCAGUUCUCCAAUAAUUAGCUUACACCUAUCUUAUGGCUUUGGUUAUGGCUAAUUGAGACCAAGAACAAAAGUAGGAAUUUUUUCCCACCAAUUUAAGUUGAUCAUCUUUUGCUUGUAGAUUGGUAUAUAGAUGUGGAACAAAUGUGCUUCAAUAUCAGUUUGGUCUUAAAAUCAGUAUGGGGAAUUUGAUAGUUCUGAAUUAUAUAUUUUCCUUCCAAUACUUUUUUUUUCCCUUAAAUUUUUCAUAUAUUUUCAAUUUGUUAAUGGAUCAUAGUAGAAAAAAAAAUAACAUAUUUUAGUUAAGGUACAUGUGGCAUGUGCUAGUGAGUGGUUUCCAGCUCUGGCAUGUAAGCAUGGGUCAUGAAAUAAAAUUGGAUUCUCUGCUUGCAUC